ACGUUAUAUCCUAUAUAAACACUUACACAUGUUACAUACUUUGCCAAAUGUAUAAAUUUGUAACUGGAUUCAGUUCAUCACAACAAAGGAAUCUUGACUGAAAGUAAUGGAUGAAAUUGCAAAAGUAGAUAAAGCUGUAGCAAGCUUGUGCAAAGGAGAUGACAAAAAAAGUGAUGCUAUGAUGAUGAUGGCUCCAGACAGCAAUUGGGAUCAGUUCUUAACACCAGCUCCGUGUGCUAUUGCUUUGUUGGGAGAUUUGAUAUUAAUUUCAGCCGACACAGACUUUAGUCUUGACGAAAAACCACCCAGAGAUGGCUUCAAGCUCCUCCGGUAUCCAAAUUCAUUCAGAGCAUCAUUAGUUCAAGUCAGCAAUGCUGGAUGGGGUGCAUUUAAUGAGGCACAUACAAGUAUGGAUCAGAUUCGUCUUCAUAGUGGUAACGUUGAUGGUCAUGUAAAAAAUGCCGUUAAAUUUCUUAUGCAAGGUACACCGGAUGAGGUAAAGAGAAUGUUACCUAUGGCACUGUCUAAAAUACAGAACAUCGCUGACGAAAGCUUGCUGCUUGCCAAAGCCAUUGAAGACCGAUUUAUUGGAGUAAUGGAAUUGACAGGAGAACUUCUUGAAGCAUCUACUAAUACGAAAGGGAUUUAUGAUGAAAACACAAAAGAUACUGAAAUAGCAAUUGAAGUCGCAAGAACAGAAAGAGAGUCAAGAAUGAAAGAAAUAAAAAACACAGAAAAAAGACUUUGUAACAUGGACAAGGAGGUAAAGGAAGCACAAUCAGACUUUAAGGAGGCGAGGGAGAAAAUUCCGUCAGACGAUAAUUUACUUAAAAUUGCCGUUAGUGAAUUAAUGAUAGAAGGAGUACGUAAUAUUAUUAGUUUUCCUAAUAUAAUGGCAAAUGGGAUACAGAAGAAACUACGAACUGUAGUAUCAACUAGCAAUGUAGAAGUUGGUGAAAGAGAUGAUGCGUAUUUUGAUAACGAACUAUCACGACAGCGUGUUUACUCUCAAGUAUCAACAAUCACCAGGUAUAUCUCCGAGCUUGUGAAGAUUACAACAGGUAAAACUGAUGUCAACGGUCAGCAAUGUCCUGAUAUGGAAAUGAUAAAUCAUGGUGAUUUAGGUCGCAUCCAGCAAUUCAUUGAAACAGCUAGAAAUCAUGUCAAUAGUGAGGUGAAUAGCGGAGAACUUCGUGAAAGGGUAUUAAAAUUAUGUGAUAAUGCUGUUGACAUUUGCAAUACGCUCCAACGUAUAGCUAAAAGUAUGGCAGAUUUAGAAAAUAGAAAUGCUAUUGUUUCGGAAGCUGUUAACAAAAGUAAAUACCUUCAGAAUGCAUCUCAGACACUCGAGGCAGAGGCACACAAAGCACUUGGAAGGAAUCCACUUGAUAACAAAUCACCUCAUUUGUCCAAAAUGCCUACACAGAGUGGAAGUUCUUCUGCAGUUACAGCAGCGACUGAGAAUGCUCGUUAUAAAACAGAGCUAGCGAAAGAAACCCUGCGAGAUGCUCAACGACGUCAGGAAAAAUCAGCUGAUGAAUUACGAGAGUCCAAUGAAAAACUUACAAAAGUUUUAAUGGACAUGGCAAAACUUGACUUAAAGAAGAUUGACUUUGACACUAUUCGUGAAACUUUAGUUAAAGGCAUUAAAGCAUUAGCUGAAGUAAGAGAGCAAUGGGGAAAACUCGUGAGAUUUUUUCAGAUGCUGUCAAAUCUAAUCAAAUGUUGUCUGCACUCUUCUCUGACGGAUUUUGUAGACCAGGCAACAGUUGGACGUGAAAUACAAAUGACAAAUAAUGCUGCACCAUUAUCUGAUAUAUUUAGGGAUGUCAUUUUUGAACAAGCAUCAAAAGCCAGCCAAGUUGCUUACGUAGUGCGUACAAUUGCUGGAACGUAUGUUCAAAUAUCUAAUGAAUAUUUGAUGGACCGAAUCACCUGCUUAGGACGUUUAGUAGCUCUGGAUCCAAAGAAAGAUGAACAUGAAAUAAGGAGGAAACGCGUGGAACUACAUAAUGGUUGCCAAAAAGCACAAAAAGCUAUACUCUCUAUUGUAAUGAAACAGAAAGCGGAAUUCAACGCAAAAAUUGAGGAAAGAAUCGCAAAACUUCAUGAAAUCGAAAAAAAUAUGCCACCAAUUGAACCCAAAAGAAUUAAAGAAAUAAAAUCGAAUGUGACAUCUGGUAUGGCAACAUUUACCGAUGAUGACAUUGAUGAUAUGAUUUGAUACUUUUAGACAGAAAAUAUUGUAGAAUGUACUUUAUAUUAUGAUGCUUCACAAUUUCACGCAUUUC